ACGAAUUUCACGCGUGUCACGGCGCGUUUUGCGAAUCGUUAUGUUUCAUCCGGGACACCCCUCCAGUCUCGCGGUGUUUUGCGGAAGCGACGCUGAAAGCCGGAAGUUUGGGCGGUGGUUGAACGCGGCUGGAAACCGUCGAUCUCGUUUGUUCGCUUGCAGGUAAAACCAAAUACAGCCAAAAUGUCGAGCAAAUGUCGCACCAAGGGAAAGAUUACCAAGAAACGUCCUCAGCGGGCGACCUCCAAUGUCUUCGCUAUGUUCGAUCAGUCGCAGAUUCAGGAGUUUAAGGAAGCGUUCAACAUGAUCGACCAGAACCGUGACGGUUUUAUUGACAAGGAGGAUCUUCACGACAUGCUGGCUUCUCUCGGGAAAAACCCGACGGAUGACUAUUUGGAGGCGAUGAUGACCGAAGCUCCCGGGCCCAUAAACUUCACUAUGUUUCUCACCAUGUUUGGGGAGAAGCUUAACGGCACGGACCCGGAGGAAGUCAUUCGUAAUGCGUUUGCCUGCUUUGACGAGGAAGGGACAGGCUUCGUCCAGGAGGACUACCUGAGAGAGCUGCUGACCACCAUGGGCGAUCGCUUCACAGACGAAGAGGUGGACGAGCUCUUCAGAGAAGCGCCGAUCGAUAAAAAGAGCAACUUCAACUACGUGGAGUUCACCCGUAUUCUGAAACACGGAGCCAAAGACAAAGACGAUUAAACCGAGCGCUCUUUAGUCGAGAGAAAACCCCCCCCCCUUAAACUCCAACAUACUGAAUGAAAACUCACUGGAAUAAGAUCCUGCUCACGGUCUAGAAUCACAGUUCAUGUCCCUCAUGGUUCGAGAUGUUCAAAUGCAAGAUUGAACCGUGCACUCUUUGUUUUGUUUUGUUUCGGUGGUGUUUAAAUAGUUUUUUUUCCUCAGGCUCGCACGCCGGUGUUUCGUUUUAAGCCAACUGGAACAAAUUCCUCUCGAUUGCAUCCCACCUCACUGCUUCCCGGUGAAAGUGUUGUAUAAGUACAGGGCUCUCGUGGAUCACGUGACCGCGACUUAGGUGUUUAUUACGGUAACUUUAAAGUACAUGGUUAGUCACACUCGGCAAGUCGUCUCGUUGUUGAUUCGGAUGAUGAAAAAUGUGAACGUGUUAAUGUUUAGAUGCAUUUGAUCUCAUUGCCUAACUUUUUACAUUUUAUAAUAUUAAAUAUUUUGAAUAAAUCUCUCUUAUUAAAACGUU